CCCAGUGGGACUGGUCGGGGCAGAGCCGAGCGAGCGGUGCGGACGUGCGGCUCCUCCUUCGCCACGACGAGUCGACGACGAACCCGAUGCCGCCCCAGCGCGCCGGAGGGGCCGCGGCCGGCGGCGACACGAGCGCGUUCUUCGCGGCAACGCUAGUGCUGUGGGCGGUGUCUGUGGGGUUUGAGAUCGGCGUGCGGGGGCGUCGUGAGCUGGCGCCCGUGGCCGCCGGCUUCGCCUUCUUUCAGGCUGCCAACGCCGCGGUCCGAGCCGCGGUCUCCCGCGACCCGCUCUUCGUCAACACCGCCGUUUCCCUCCUCCACUCCUCCCUCACCUUCGCCUCCGUUAUCUUUGUUCUUGUCAAUCAAUGGCGUAAUAAGGGCCUCGAGAACAUGUUUGAGCAUCAUGAACUAUUUGGUGGCAGUUGGGUUGGAGCAUAUUCUGCCCUCUGCUUUUCUUGUGGCUACUUUGCAUAUGACCAAUUGGACAUGCUCCGUUACCGGCUAUACAGUGGAUGGAUUCCUGGAAUUCUCAUGCAUCACCUGAUCCUGCUCAUUUGCUUCACACUAGCUCUCUAUAGGAAUGUCACGAUCAACUACCUAAUUCUCACUCUUGUGUGUGAGCUGCACUCCAUAUUUUUGCACAUAAGGAAAGUGAGGCGAAUGGCUGGAUUUCGUGAUUUCAACCGAAAAGUGGUGAAGCUGGAAUGGGCACUCAACUGGAGUACCUUUGUGACAGCAAGGGUGGUGUGCCAUAUCUUGAUCACUUACAAACUCAUCGCUGAUGCCCACAAGUUUGAUAAGGGCAUUGAGCUUCCACUAGCUCUUCUCGGUAUGGCAGGAAUGAAUCUUCUCAACAUAUUUUUAGGCCUCGAUCUAUUUAAAGCGUAUGGACGAGAAAGAAAUCAGCAGAGACAUCAAGAUUGAACGCACCUUCCCUGACAUCCCAAAGCCUCAUCUAAGGUACUAGUGUGCCUUUGGCAACUUGUAAAAUGGCGCCAUAAGGCUACAACACUCUGUCUUCAAAAUAUUAUCAUUUCUCACAGUGGAGUAAAUCUUGUACUCCUGUCAUUGA